UAUCAACAACUAUUGUAUCACAGAGUCUCAUGUCUUAAUGUAAUCCGGUCAAUUUGUUUUAUUUAUUCCAACUUUUCUGAAAAUUUUCAUAUCAAUGUUUAAUUAAUAUCUCAACUUUAGGCCAAAAUAUUUAUACUAAACACAUGCAAAAUGAAAGCUGUUGUCCAAAGAGUCGUUAAGGCUUCAGUUUCAGUAAAUAAUGAAAUUAUAUCUGAAAUUGGUAGAGGAAUAUGUGUUCUUGUCGGUUUAUCAAAAGAUGACACUGUGACUGAUGUUGAUUACAUAGUUCGUAAAUUGAUAAAUAUGAGGAUAUUUGAUGGCGAAGAUGGUAAAAGAUGGGAUCUCAGUGUCAAAGAUAAAAAAUAUGAAAUUCUUUGUUGUUCUCAGUUCACUCUGUAUGCAGUUCUGAAAGGCAAUAAGCCUGACUUUCAUCAAUCAAUGUCUCCCGACAAAUCUCGUGAGUUGUAUCAACUUUUCCUCGAAAAAUUGAAGAAAAGCUACGAUCCUGAUUUGAUCAAAGAGGGACGAUUCCAGACAGCUUGUCAUGUCAAUAUUGUUAAUGAUGGUCCAGUCACAAUUUGCUUGGAGUCACCUAGUUCAAAAAAAUCCGAAGUCACUGAAUAAGUUGCUUUAAAAUCACUCUUCUCAAUGGAAUCAAACUAUAAAAUGCAAUUUGACAGGUUUUUACCCAAGAACAAUUUAACCAGGAAAAGCUCAUACUUUAUGCAACAUGUUUUUUCAAUAGCAUGUAAAGUAAUGAGUUUUUUUCGUCUUGAUAAGAUUAUAUUCUGAUGUGAAAUGAAACAUUGUUAUGAGAUACUGUAAAAGUGGGAUUAAACAAUUGACUUUGACUCUUUCA